UAAGGAUACGGAAAUUCUGAUCACUGACGUGAAAGAGUUUGUCUUAUUAUCUGUAAUUAUAAAGGUUUAUCUUAUUUACCAAUGAUAACUUGUUGUAAUAAUAAUCUUUUAUAUAAAAAUAAGAAUUCUUAGAAUUAUAAGCUCAUAAUGCUCAAUUCUUUAAGAAAUAUUUCCAGGGCUAAAAUGGUGAAGUUAAAUAUGGUAAACGCAAGUACUCGAGAAGUUCAUAGUAGCAGGUUUAAGGGGAAAGUUGCUAUAGUCACAGCAUCGACGGAAGGCAUUGGUUACGCCAUAGCGCAGAGAUUAGGACAGGAAGGAGCUUCUGUGAUAAUAAGUAGUAGAAAAGAAAAUAAUGUAGAGAAUGCAGUAAAGAAUUUGCGCAGUGAAGGCAUUACAGUUGAAGGGGUCGUGUGCCACGUAGGUAAUGCGGAUCAAAGAAAAAAACUGUUUGAUAUUGCAAAGUCAAAAUUUGGAGGCCUUGAUAUUCUUGUUUCUAAUGCAGCAGUUAAUCCUGGUGUUGGGCCGAUACUUGAGACUGAUGACAAAGUGUGGGACAAGAUAUUUGAAAUUAAUGUGAAGUGCGCCUGGCUUUUAGCAAAGGAGGCAUAUCCUGAACUUGUUAAGAGAGGAGGAGGCAAUAUCGUAUUUAUUUCGUCUAUUGCUGGCUACCAACCAAUGGAGCCUUUAGGUACAUACAGUGUCAGUAAAACCACUCUUUUGGGAUUAACUAGAGCCAUAGCUAACGAAGUUGUACAUGACAAUAUUAGAGUAAACUGUGUUGCUCCAGGAAUUGUAGCUACGAAGUUCGCAUCUGCGAUUACUUCUUCAGAAGCAGGCAAAGAAAAAAGUUUAUCCAUCGUGCCAAUGAAACGGUUUGGUAAGCCUUCUGAGAUUGCCAGUUCAGUGGCCUUCCUAGCUUCAGAUGAUGCCAGUUACAUAACUGGAGAAACCAUUGUUACUGCAGGAGGUGCAUAUGCUCAUCUUUGAGUCCAAGACUAUUGCUAUUAGGGAUCAUGGUGGUUAUUAAUAUUUUUCACUUGUUAUUCAUUUUUAUAAAUCAUAAAUAAAGGAACAUGGAUAUAUUCUAAAA